UCCUACAGCUGCCCCUUAAGACACCAAGCCGCAGCUGCGCUGAUCACUGAUCCAAGGUGAACCCUCACACACACACAUACACACACGCACGCACACACACGCACGCACCCACACACACACCGGAUCUUUUGCUGGAAAUCGGAGCACACUGUCGGAGACGCAAUGUUGGUCAAACUGGCCGUGGCGCUGCUGGUUUUGUCAGUGCUGGAGCAAGUGGUGGGAUCGGAUAAUAUUGAUGUCCAUGACAGCCUCCCGGAGAAGCCUGCGAGUCAGAAAGGACGCCUCUCCCUGCAGAACACAGCUGAGAUCCAGCACUGCCUGGUGAGUGCAGGGGAUGUCGGCUGUGGUGUGUUUGAGUGCUUUGAGAAUAACUCCUGCGAGAUACGAGGGCUACAGGAAAUCUGCAUGACGUUCCUGCACAACGCUGGCAAAUUUGACUCUCAGGGGAAGUCUUUCAUCAAGGAUGCUCUGAAGUGUAUGGCACAUGGGCUACGGCACAAGUUCAGCUGUAUCAGCAGGAAGUGUGUGUCCAUUAAAGAGAUGGUGUUCCAGCUCCAGAGAGAGUGUUACAUCAAACACAACCUGUGCUCCGCUGCCAAGGAGAAUGUGGCCGUCAUGGUGGAGAUGAUCCAUUUCCAGGAUCUCUUCCCUAAAGGUCCAUAUGUGGAGCUGGUGAAUAUUCUCCUGAGCUGCGGAGAGGAGGUGAAGGACGCGUUGACACGGAGCGUCCGGCUACAGUGUGAGCAGAACUGGGGGGCUCUGUGUGACAGCCUGAGCCUCUGCUCCUCCCUCGCCCCGUCUCCCGCCGGCUCCCCCGUGGAACACCACCGCCGCCCCUCGACCUCCCACCCUGAGCCGGAGCACCCUCGCCCCCCGCGGCAAGGCGAAAAGGACAAACCGGCCAAGGCGGGCUUCAACGCUCACCCACGCAAUCGCAGUCAGGGACCCCGUCGCCAGAGUCCAGAGGCCGGAGUCGUGGCUGAGCAGGAAGACCCCGAGGCCACCGACAUCCGGAGGUGAAAGCGCAGGAGACUGUCCUGACCUUUGACCCCCCCCCCCUUCUCCCACCCUACAACGUUUAGAAACCACACUUGCAGACUUAUGCACACCUCCACAUGACAACACACACCCUUCUCCACAAACAAACAUACACACACACACACACACACACACACAAAUUCCCAGACAGACUGAGCAGAAGGAAACAAGCCCCGACCUUUCCUGUCCUUAUUCCGCCCUCUCCAGUCAUUCCAGCAGUCCCACAUGGUAAACUUGCAGGGUAAUUGUGGUGUAGCUUGUACUGUUAUGCCAGACUGUAGGCCACGAUUUUUUAAAACUAAAUAAUAAUUGUUAUUAUCAUGAUUAUUUCAACUGUUAGGACUAUUUUGGCUCUAAUAUAGCAUUUCUCAAAUCAUACUUACUGUAAGAUUUGAUUAUAUUUGUAUUAUUUAUUUUAUUCUGUAUGCAAUGUUGAAGUAUCAAAAUGUACAUAGAAAUAUACUUAUCUAUAUUUAUAUAAACAUGUAUAAAUAUAGUUACAAUAUGCAAUACUGAUAUACUAUAGAUGACAUAGUAUAUGGUGUGCUGUCUGUUGUUCUCUUCACAGUAUUGCACCCAUCACACAUCGGUCUGUAGAUAUGUAACAUACACCAUUUGUUGUUUCAAAGUGGGAAUGUGUAUUAUAAUUAUAGAUACUUGAUGAUUAAAUACAAAUUGUACAGGUUUCAAGUCCAGUUCUGGCACAUAUGAAUUGUAGUGCAUGAUGGCCACAAAGCCAACAAACUUGUGCAUUCUUAAAGUGAAAGUCCACUCUAAAGAGGAUGCAGAUGUAAUACUAUGAAUAUGGACAGUUAUUUCACACUUGUAUGUAUUGCGAGGUCUCUCACAAAGCUAGAAAUAAGAGAGCCAAGACUGAUCUCUGAUGUCAUCGAGCACCGCAGCAAGGAACGGGAGACUAACCCGGACUCUUUUCGCUAAAGUAUUAGUGAUGCAAAAAGUCUAACGUCACUCUCAUUCAUUGUUAAUCAAGCUUCAGAAGCGGUGUCUUGGUGACAUUAGAGAUUAAUAUCAUGUUUAUAGCUUCAGGAGACGUUAUUGUUCUUGUUCACCAAUAAGAAUCAAACUGUCAAAUGUUAUACAUUCUCUUUGAGUUGGUUUCCCAUCUAACUGUCAGCUACUAUCGGUGGUGAACUGCAAAGAAGUGAGCGAGGAUGUUCGAUCGAGUCCUUUCACAAUGUAAAAUCACACACAUCAAGGUGCCUAAACUUGUUAUUGUCCACAGUGACCGCUUCUCUGUGAUUUAAGUGAAUGGACGAUACUGUGUCGUGGGGGGAGAUUUAAUGUCGAGCUAUUUUAUGAUGAUGUUGAGCCACAGAAGUCUUAGAUUUUGCACUUUGGAUGAUUGUCAGUUUGUGUUGGACCGCUGCGGGUUAAAGGGACAGUUAACCCAAAAAUCCAAAACACUUUUUUUCCCUCUGUCCCAGAAACAAGACCAGAUUACCAGAGCAGCCAACCUCUAAUCAGACUUUAAUAUAUAGGAUAUUUCAUUUGAGCAAGCCUUGUAUCCCCACAUGCUCCUUAGGACCAGAUUGAGCUCUGUCUUCAGAAGAUCAAUGUUGCCCUUUUGUGGUGUCCCAGUGGACAGGAACGAGCCUUGACAGAAAGCCUCCAGAUCUCUGGCCCCUCUAAAUUAGCCCUUAUUCCUCUCUGGUCCCUUACCUAGGUCAGGAGAGACAUGAAGGCCUGUUAUUCUACCCGUUAGAGCCGCAGGCAACGCAGCGAGGAACCAGGAACUGGGUUAAGUCCACACACGGGGGCUCUGGCGCUGUUAUUCUAAAUGUUAUAUUUACCAAGGCCACCAGAGAAUUCCUCUGGGCCACAGCCAAGAGCCAGCAACACAGAGAGGCAGAGAGGAGUGGAGCAAGGAGAGAGACAACUUCGUUUUUCUCUUUAAUGUGAUGAUUCACUCCAUCUUUACUUCUCUUCUUCAUCUUCACCUUCUUUCCCUCCUUUAGGUCACAGACACAGGCUUUUGACCAUUUCAGGCCAGUCACAUGCUUUUAGCUGUGGAAGUGCAGUUUGUGAGCACACUACACCGCAUGCUGGGGAGCGAUUGGUGCAAAAAGAAAAUAAAACCUGCUCAGAUUUUUGUGGCUCAGUUAAUUUAACUUUUUAUUUUCAUUAUGUGCUCAUAAGGCAACGUUUUUCCUCCCAGUCAUUUAGUGACUAUUAUAAGCUCCCAGGGUUUGAAUCAUCAGCGAGGCUUUUCUUUUUCUUUUUUUCUUUUUUAUUCUGUUGUGGAAGCUGGGAUUCCUGUGACAUCCCAGCACAAGACAUAAGCUAAUCCUAUUGAGAAUGUACUGUAUGUGUGUAAAGUGACAAUCUGUUCAGCUCUCUGUCAUUAGGUUUGAUAUGGCUUUUUGUAAUAAUGUAGUGGCUUGAAUGGCUUUUCUUUAUGUGUUCAGAGGAAAAUAAAACUAACCACAUUUCCGGUAUUGUUAGUGCUCCAUCGCCAUGUUAACAUGUUUUUCUCCGUUAAGCACAAGGACUCUGCUUUCACUGUUGAAAAUGCAGAACAUGGUCUAGAAGUUUGUAACUCACCUGUAAGACAUUGGGCAUAUGAUCCUAUAAAUAUCUUUGGACUCAUGAAGUCAGAUGUAUCUUGUUAUCAUUAAAAUAUUUUUGUCUGUA